CUAAUUGCCGUCGCUGCGCCCUGUCUGCAUUGUUUCCCUUUUUUGCAGUGAGGGGACAGCACGGUGACUGAGAUUGUGGUACAUGAUUACGCAUAGCUGUGUUUUUGGAUCUCGUCUCGUCUGAAGAUUCUCGCACUAGCACUUACUUAGUAACCAUUAGUUUCAGCCCCGCAAAAAUGGAAGCCGUGGCGUCGAAGCAUCCGUACGAUUUCCCCUACCCGCCCUACCCACUGCAGGUGGAGUUGAUGAAUACCAUUGUAGAUGCCUGUGGAUAUGGCCGCUCUAUCGAUGUGUCCGAGGACCCACACGACAGCACCUGCCGGAAGCAAGCGACGUUGGGGCUGUUUGAAUCACCUACGGGCACGGGGAAAACAAUGUCUCUCGUUUGCGGCCUUGUCAGCUUCCUCGACCAAGCGAAUCGCACGCCACCGCAUGUUGCUGCACCUACGUCCUCCAAGAAUUCGAACUCUGCGACCGAAGAAGGACUACAAUGUGGCGGCACAAAGAACAGGUCCGCGCUCUUCAGUGGCUCUUUCCCCGCAGCGAACGAAACCGACGACGGUCAACCCCUGUGGGUGAAGCAACACGCACAGAAGAUGUUGGUCGAAAAGUGGGAGAAUACCAAGAACGCCUUCCGUAGGAGCCACGAGGCGCGUCUGCAGCGGUUGCAGCGGCGACACGAGGAGGAGCUGCGAAAAGAUUGUUCCGACGCAGGAGCCUUUGUUUUGGGACAAGGAACGUACUUUCGGGAUCAGCAGCAGGCGGCCCGCCGCACCGCUAAGCGACACCGCAAGAACCCUGCAGCGGACGAGGAGCAGGAGCCGGAUGUCGCGCAAUUCUCGCUGGAGUAUUCUUCCACGUACCUGCUCCAGAAAAAGCUCAAGGCCAACACCGCCGGAGGAAAUACGGGAUCUCGCACGACACACGCGGCACAGGAUGACGAAGAUGCAGACGAGCUCACAAAAAACGAGUACCUCAACGGCGCGAAGAAGCUCCAGGUGAUCGUGUGCAGUCGCACGCAUUCCCAGCUCUCGCAGUUUGCCGAGGAGAUUGCGAAGUUUGUGUCUCACCGAAACAAUGAGGAGACAGACGAGCCGCCCCUGCGCGUCGUCAGCCUUGCCUCUCGAAUCCAUGGCUGUUGCAACCCGGCCAUUCCCAAAACCAACGCUGCGCAGUGCAACGAAGCGUGUCAGUCUUUGCGCGACCGGAAGGGCUGCAAGUACAAGGCGAAGAGCGAAUUGGUCACGGACCAAAUUCUGACCCAGAUUUUAUCGACACAGGAUAUUGUCUCGCAGGCAAAGGAGCUGGAAGCCUGUGCCUACUAUGGGGCUCGAGAGGCCGUGGAGGAAGCGGACUUCAUUCUCGUGCCCUACUCCUGUAUCUUGCACCCCAAGACGCGGGAGGCUUUGUCGCUCCGGCUGGAAAACAACAUUGUCGUUUUCGAUGAGGCGCACAAUGUCUUCGAUGCCUGCAGCGACACGCACAGCUGCCAGGUUUCUUUCUUGGCGCUGCAAAAAACGCGCGACUACUUGGCAGCAUACGAAACGAAAUACACCCCGGUUUUCGGCGAAGAUACCAAAGCAGGGGUGGCUAGUUUGAAACGCGUCCUAGAUAAGCUGUUAUCCCCAUCCAACGUUUGGGCAAUGGAACAAGCACCUCCAGGUCGCGGCGCCGUCGCGAGCACAUCUGUUGUUGCUCCGCCGACGGGGAACAAGAAGCCGCCCACGGCCUCGGCCGCGACGAGUAAAAUUUUGACCAUUGCGAAAUUCAUGCUAGUCUCUGAGCUGGAGUCCGAAGACUUGAGUUCUCUGCUGCAUUUCAUCCAGGCCAGAGAAUUGUGUCGCAAACUGCGCGGCUUCGCUGAGUGGCAUUCUCGGCAAACCACAAAUAACACGGACCACCUGCGGCAUCAACGACUCCCCGCCGGAGGUGGUCCCCCUGGAGCGGACACAGGAGGCACUAAUCAGCAGCUUUCCGGCAUCUACAACCUCGUGGAGCUCUUGAACGCUCUGGUCUUCAGUGCCGCGGAAGACCGAAUCUUGAUUGAUGCCGGGCCGGAGAACAAGAAGAUCAAAAUUCUGAAUCUCGACGUCGAGUCGCAUCUCUUUGACUUUCUUCGCGAGGCAAAAACCGUGCUCUUCGUCGCCGGUACGCUCGAGCCUCGCGCGGAAUUCGCGCUGCUCCGCGACCGCGCCUCGAGGACCUUCGAGACCGCAGCUGACCACAUUGUCCCGGUGGAAAACACGUUUGCGCGAAUGUUGACACACACACCAUCAACAACUAUGGGCGUUCUCGAUGCGUCGUCGAAGCAGGGAUCUUCGUGCACCAACCUUCCCUUGGAUUUUCGCGCCAGCCGCCGGCUACAGCAGGACAUGCUUCGAGGCCUACACGCCACCCUGCAGGCCAUCGAGGGCAGCCUGCGCCGGUCGGGGCCGAAAACCUGUGGCAUGGUCGUCUUCUUUCCCAGCUUCGAUUACAUGCAGAAGUUUGCCCAAGGCUUCUACCAGUCAAACAUGCGGCAGCACGCACCUUCAAAAAACCAGGCUGCAAGAACAUCAGCAGCUACUGGUCGAGCUGCUGCUCUACUUGGCUCCACACACCAGAACAAACCGGCAGUAGUUGGAAGUGAUGAAUCCGCACAUUACGUGUUUGUUGAGAAACAAGGAGAGUCUGCCGAUGCAAUGCUGAAGGAGUUCGAAGCGCACACAAGAAAGCAACUCUGCCUGCUCUUUGCGGUGGUUGGCGGGCGAGUCAGCGAGGGCAUCAACUUCAAAGACGAUAUGUGCCGCUGCGUCUGCGUGGUUGGGAUGCCGUACCCCAACCCGCAGGACCCGGUUCUGCAGGAGAAAAUGAAGUUCCUGGAUGCGCGCGUCCGGAGUCACCACGAGUUGUACAACCAGACGAAUUCGAAUUCUUGCCAAAAUUCUUCUGCUCCUGCGGACAUUACUUCUUCUAGCGCCGCCACUGGAAGCCCGAAUCCACCUAGUCACGCGUCCGCGCCGCUGUGCGGAAAAGACUAUUACCAGAUGCGGUGUAUGAAGGCCGUAAACCAGUGCAUCGGGCGGGCGAUCAGGCACAAGAAUGACUGGGCCGCUUUGCUUCUCUUGGAUCACCGUUACAACGCUCCGCGCGUUGCCGGGGACAUCUCCGGUUGGCUGCGAUCGAGAUUUCGACACACUGCGUGCAACCCCGAUUUUCUCCAGCAGCUGGACGCCUUCUUCGUUCAACACAGUCGUGUCAGACCACCGCGCUAGAAGAAGCUUGUUGUAUCUGGCCAAACUACGGGAGAAAUGAUUCUGAUUCAUGAUGCCUCGCACUUUCUCUUGGAUGUAGUUGUCACACGUAAAUCUGAAAACAAUUUCGAUCUUCGUGGUGACGCUACAACUUGUUUCACCUGUAACUCUUCUGUAUCUUCUGCGCCACUUGUCGAUGUCAUUUUUUCUGUAGAAUUUUUAUGUCAGCUUCGCACGAGAAGGAGAAAACAAGCACAGGACAUGUGAAGCCCAUGCAAAUAGCUACUUUAAAAGCACUAGCACUUCCAGCCGUUGUUAUUGGUACUUGGUGGAUAAAAUCUGGCGGAUGUUGCCGCCUCCGCGCUGGCAUGCGGUUUUGUACGAUGGCCUCCAUGUGGCCGGCGAUUCCUUUUUAUACGCACUUUGUCGGACAAAAA